AUGUCUCACCAGAAAAAGCAGCCCACCCCCAUGCCCCCAGUGGGCUGCGGGAAGACCUCCGGCGGGGGCGGCGGGGGCGGCGGAGGCGGCGGAGGCUCCGGUUGCGGCGGCUACUCUGGAGGCGGCGGAGGCUCCAGCUGCGGAGGCUACUCAGGAGGAGGCGGAGGCUCCAGCUGCGGGGGCUACUCCAGCGGCGGCGGAGGCUCCAGCUGCGGAGGCUACUCAGGCGGCGGCGGCGGCGGCGGCGGCGGUUCCAGUGGGAGUGUCAAGUACUCCGGAGGUGGUGGCAGCUGCGGGGGCGGCGGAGGCUCCAGCUGCGGAGGCUCCAGCUGUGGAGGCUACUCCGGGGGCGGUGGAGGCUCCAGCUGCGGAGGUGGAGGCUCCAGCUGCGGGGGUUACUCCGGGGGCGGGGGGGGCUCCAGCUGCGGAGGUUACUCUGGGGGCGGCGGAGGCUCCAGCUGCGGGGGCUACUCCGGGGGCGGCGGAGGCUCCGGGCAGCAGGUUCAGUGCCAGAGUUACGGAAGCAUCUCUAGCGGCGGCUGCGGCGGGGGCUCUUCCGGCUGCGGGGGCGGCGGGGGCUCCUCCGCCUGCGGGGGCGGCGGGGGCUCCUCCAGCUGCGGGGGCGGCGGGGGCUCUUCCGGCUGCGGGGGAGCUGGCUACUUCUCCUCGCAGGAGACCACCCAGACCUCCUGCAUGCCGCAGCAGAGCUACGGAGGGGGCUCUUCCUGCUCUGGGGGCGGCGGCUCCUCUGGAGGCGGCGGCAGCUGCUUCUCCAGUGGUGGGGGGUCGUCCUGCGGUGGGGGCGGCGGCUCCUCCGGGGGCGGCGGCAGCUGCUUCUCCAGUGGGGGGGGGUCGUCCUGCGGUGGGGGCGGCAGCUCCGGUGGGGGCUCCGGAGGUGGCAAGGGCGUCCCGAUCUGCCACCAGACCCAGCAGAAGCAGGCGCCUACCUGGCCAAGCAAAUAAGGCCAGUUGGAACGCCGCGGAGACUGAGGAGCUAGAGCCGUUUUCCGUGGGCGCCUAUGGGCUCAGCGCUCUCUUGAUAUUGCCGAGGUUCCCAAAUGCUUCGUGUGUUACACCCAGACGAAGCCUUAGAGUUCUGGGGCUGCUUCUUGUUCUGCAGGUUUUCCUCUUUGGUUUCUGUACAACUAC